UUUGUAUGAAUGAGUUGAGGCCGAGCCGGCCACCAAGCCCAGCUGGGCCAGCAUGGCAGCGCACCAGGCCCUAGGUCCUAGCCCAAUAAGGCAACACGGCAAGGCAACUAGCAGACUAGCAAAAAAUAAAACUCUAAAAUAACUAGUCAUAUGCUACGCCCUACCGAGACGACGAUGACGACUAUGGAUUCUCGGGCGGCAACGAACUCAGAUGGUGACCAAGAAAGGUGAGCAAACUCCAUUUCUCCAUUUCUUCUAUCGGUCCCGAAGUACUUAUUUCUUUUCUGAUGGAUGGAUGAAUGAAUCAUGGUUCAUGGAUGAGUGCUUGCCAAUGUGAUGAUGUCUGAAAUCUAGAUUGUUUGUGCUACCUGUUAGUACCUAGUUAUCCCUUAAUUGGGGAUGGGUAUGGGAUGAGUUUUGCACCCAUGAUGGGUAUGGGGAUGGGUAUAGGGAUGGAUCAAACAUGAUGGGGAUAGGGAUGUGAUGCUAUAACCCGAUGGGGAAUUCUCAUUGACAUCUCUAGAGUCAAUUGUAUAUCUAGUUUUGUUUCUUUUUUUAAUCUUCCUCUGGCAUGUAUAUAUUACUAUAUAUUGCAGCUGUGUACUCCAGUCUUUCAUGGUGGCCACUGGAGUCUGUAUGCUUUCAGCAUGAAAGACCGCAGGGUCAGCAUUUUAGAGCCAAAACAAAAAUGCAAGUGCCACGAGGACAUUAGGCCGAAGAUCUGCAAAGCCCUUGAGUUUGUUAAGUUCAAAUUCAACAUUUUCCAAAACAAGUCCAAUAACUUCAGCAGCUGGGGGCAUGAGGUUGUCAAAGAAUGCAGCCAAACUAAUAAUAACAGGUUGUGUUGCAGGGAUGAUGACUCUGGGUUCUUGGUAUUCGAGCAUAUGCGCCUCUGGGGCAAACUGCCGCCUAAUCCAGGAUCGAUUCCAACAGCUGAUUGGACAGAGAUGCGCAAACAAUUCCUUGCAUAUGUUCUCUCUUUCAAGGACAACGAAGCAUACCAGCUUCCUUCUCGAGCUUCUCAGCUGAUCCAAAAUCUUCCUGGAGGUCCAGCUCCUUGGACACGCUGUGAGAUGGACAGCCGUUUGCACAAGGCCCUGACAGAAGACAACAAAGACGAGUUCACAAAGUUAUUUCCCCGAAUUGACGACCCACCAAUAAUUGAAGCACAAGAGAAGCUGCUCCGAGGGGCAACCUGUGAUGGAGAUGGGAUGCUGCACAUUGCUGUCAGGCAUGGCAAACUGGAGGUUCUGGAAGCCAUGAAAGGACUGUUUGUCCCUUCAGCAGGUGCCGUAAGCAUCGAAAUGACGAGUUCAGGUUCAGGUUCAGGUUCAGGGGGGAGUGUCAUAAGCGGCGGAGGGUGGCUAACCGCGAUGGCGCCUCUGUUUGCCGAGUCGCUUAGGGCAAGAAACAACAGAGGGGAGACCUGCCUACACGAGGCAGUGAGGCGAGGCAACAGGGAAGCUGUCGAGUCCCUGAUCUGGAUGGAUGAGAAUGUGGAUGGCGGCAGGACCAGCAGAACCCCAUCGCUGGUGCAGAGAGUAGACUAUCAAGGUGUCUCUCCCCUCUACUUGGCUACCACUCUACGCCGUGGUGACAUCGUGGGGAUUCUUACGCACCCCUCCCAAAAUCACUACUCACCAUCCUUCUCCGGGCCUGGAGGAAAGACCGCCAUGCAUGCUGCCGUUCUUGCCAAGGGAGAUGCCAAAGUGCUAACGAAGAAGCUCCUCGAGUGGACGACCAGCAAGAAUUACCCGGGAGGUGCACGGGAUCUUAUAUGUAUGGGUGACAAAUCAGGGAGCACUCCUCUCCACCUUUUGGCCUCGGAGGGAGGCGCAUCUGUCGCAGAGCUACUGCUCUCUUCUGAUGCGAGAGAAAUGUCGUGGGCACGCCGCUUACGCUCAAAGAUAUGUCCGUGUACAUCACCAGCUGGGAAUGCCGCCGCCGCCGACGACGACGACACGAGAGAGGGGGGCUCUUGUACUGCUGCUGCGCUGAAGAAGGACUCCAAUGGCUGGUUUCCCAUACAUGUCGCUGCGGCAAAUGGAAGGCUUGACAUCGUCAGGAAACUUGUGGAGGUGUGCCCUGGCUGCACGCAGUCACGCAACGAUUCAGGCCAGACUUUCCUCCACCUCGCUGUGGAGAAGAAGAUGGAGAGCGUCGUGGACCACGUAUGCAGCCAACGGAGCUUGGCGGGGAUACUGAACUUGGCCGAUUGGGAUGGGAAUACCGCUCUGCAUCUGGCGGUGAAGACUGGGAAUACCCGCAUCUUCUGCAGUUUGGUGAGCAACAUCAGCGUCGGCCUCAGUUUCGCGAACAAGGAGGGGCACACACCUCUCGACCUCUCCAUCUUAUGCAUUAAACCUGGACUGCACCUCUUACUGAACUCCCGAGUAUUGAUAAAGUAUCACUUGAGACUGUCUGGAUCUGAUCAUGGUACCUAUCGAAGGGAUCUGCUCAAGGGUGAGGACAAGGCACGAGGAGAGCUCGAUCAAGACAAGUUAUCAGAGUCUAUCAGCAAGUCCGCAGGGCUCACGGCUGUCUGUGCCAUUUUCAUGCUGAACAUAUCGGUAGCCACAUUCUACAACGUUGCGAAACAGAAUCUAUCUGCUGAUGCUGUUGUUCUGCCGCCUCCGCUCAUCAGCCGAGCGAGGGGACGUGCAUUCAGGGCACUCAUAGUCUCUGACGCCCUGACAUUCGCUUCGUCUUCACUGGCCGCGUUCUGCAGCAUCUUCGCUGGGUUCUCCACCAUGGAUCGUCCAACGCGCCUUGUGCACCUCGGCAUUGCGGGCUUCUCCCUCCGGAUUGCAUGUUUGGCUGUGGUCGCUGUCUUCGUGCUGGCGGCGUACCUUGCCUUCGCUCCAAUCGAUCCGCACAUCGCCGCUGCGGCAUGUGUGCUCCCGCUUCUCGCGGUUUCGCCGCAACUCCUCACACCCUUCAUCAUCCUGUUACUCCAUGAACAGGCACUUCUUAGAAGGCUUUUCCAAAAGCACGCAUCGCCCAAACUUCGCAAUGCAUUGCAAUUCGCAAGGGGAUUCUUCCAGAACCACAUAUCUCCAAUAGUCGGAUGUAUCAAAGCCAAGCUCCCGCAAAGCCUCUCAGCCAUCAUAACAGAUCUAGUUCCCGUACUUAACAGUUGCUGCGUCAGAUCCUCAAUUCUUCUAUGCUUAGCCCCUAUUUUGGCAGCUAUCUUAACAGUGGCUACGGUGAUUGGCGUCAUUGCCAUCAUCUGCGGCAUUAUUGCUGCUAUAGUUUUCGCUAUAAUCCACUUCGUUACUGAUUAAGGCACUUCAUUAUAAUCCACUUCGUUACUGAUUAAGUGUUUUCGAUGAUAAUAGAUGUGCUUAUUGUAAUAAAUUGUAUUUUUUAACUUGCUCUCAAAAUAAUAUAAACAUCAUUUGUUUUGAAUUA